ACCUGUCAACUGUCACACUUGUUUUGGUUUCCGCGUAUCCAUGGUUACGGCGUCACAACACAUUGACCCAAUUUCUUUGGGUAAUGUGUAUUAAAAUGUUAGGCUCAAGAUUUAGUGUAUCUAGGGGAUUAGAGAAGCCAAGAACGGCAGUGGUGAUAGAUGACGAUGACGACUUGUACGCGGGCUUCAAUGAUGUACCACCAGCUCUUGAUACAAGGAGUAUUCGUGAGGAUACCGCUCUACAGCAAACGUUGAGAACGGCUGGUAUUGGAAGACAAGCUCCCAGCAGGAUGGGAACUGGGAUGUUUCGUAUUGGUACCACGAGCCUCCGUGGUGGGUCCAGAGCAGGCACAGCUAGUACGAGGCCAGUUACCGCACACAGGGCCGCUGGCUACACUUCAACACUACGUGAUACGAGUGCCAAGGAAGAGAAAAAGGAAGACACGAUAGAAGACAAAAUAAAACAGAUGGAGGCAAAAAUAAUGGUGCUCGUAGAAGAGUCGUGUAUGCUCAGUGCUCGGACGGUAACAGAAGAUGAAAGCAACAAGAGGGAACAAGAACUUACACAGGCCUUAGCAAAAGCUCAAGAGGCUUCCGCGCUUGAAAGACAACUGAUAAAAACUCAGGAGCAGGCCAAUUUAGGAGAUUCACAUAAUUUAGACCUCACUUUUUGUGUGCUGUGCAACUUAGCAGACCAAUAUGCGCUCAACGAAAUGUAUACAGAGGCAUUGAAUACAUAUCAAUUGUUGACACGGAAUAAGUUAUUCCCACAUGCGAAUAGGUUAAAGGUAAAUAUGGGAAACAUUUACUUCAAGAUGGGCGAACACCCUAAAGCGUUAAAAUUGUACAGGAUGGCAUUGGAUCAAACACCGACUGCUGAAAAAGAUUUGAGAAUGAAAGUGAUGCAUAAUAUUGGAUUGUUGUUAGUGCGCAUGGGCAAGUUUCGUGACGCUGUUACGAAUUUCCAACAUAUUAUGCAGGAACAGGGUGAUUUUCAGACAGGUUUACACUUAGUAUUGUGUUCCGUGGCUUUGGAAGACGCGGAAGCCGGUAAAGCGGCCUUCCACUCGAUGUUGGACGUGGAGUUACCCAAUUAUCACCACGACAUACCUAUUGAUGAUGAAAACGACGCCUACGAAUGCGUAGUACGAGACGUGGUGCGUGGAGAUCGUCUGUCCCGUUGGUCGCGAUCCGCCGCCUCUCACGCCGAUAGAUGUCUUGCGCUUGCCGCCGCUGCUCUGGCGCGGCCUGCUGGUAGGAGUUUGAGGGAUGAAGAUCUAGGUGGUUCGUCUUGGUGUGUCGAAGCACUUCGUGGUUACUCAGGUGGGGGGGCGGGAGCGCGGCUCGAACUCGGCAGCGCGCUUGCAUCGCUUCGUGGCGCUGCAGCAUCUGGCGGUAGCGGGACGGCUGCUGGAAUUAAAGCGCUGCAGCGGCUUAAGGCGGUGGCGCGGGCGCAUCCGAACGAUCGAGUGCUUCGAGCUGAGGCUAAUGCGGAUGCCGCUUUUGUCGCUUAUGCUCUUGGGAAAUGGUCUGAAGCCCAAUCUUUAAGCGAGGCGGCGUGCAAAGAUGACCCCUACUCGUGUCCGGGGCGAGUGACAGCCGCUCUGGCGGAGAUGUCCUCGGGGCAGGCCAACAACACCGCCAACGUCUUGAACCAAUUGUCCACGGCCACACAUCUGGAUCCGGCUGAUCUUAUUGCUAUGCAUGAUCUGGCACUUAUAUUGGAAAUGUGCGGCGAGGACAAUAGCGCUGAAGCCCGUUGGCAGCGCAUGCGCAGUGGCUCGAGCGCAGGCGCCACUCUGCGGGCGCUGGCCGCGGCUGGACUCGCGAGGCUCGCGCGCACUACUGACAUUAGCAAUGGCAGCGCAGACCAUUGGUACAGUAUGAUUGGUACCUGGGACGCGGGCGUAUCUUGUGCGCUUGCGCAGUUGCACACGGAAAUGGGGGACGUACAGACAGCCAAGCAUCACUAUCAAGAUGUGGAAGCGGUGUGGCCAUGCGAACUAUCGGCCUUACAAUGGCUGGCCGGAGAGUCGUCAACUGAAGAAGCGUUGCAGUAUUAUAGACGUGCAGCACGAUUGCAGCCCAACAACCCGCAAUGGGGUCUGCUUAUUGGUGGAUGUCUUCGGGCAAGUGGUCGUUACCAAGAAGCACUGUCUCUAUACAAAAAGCUCAACUCCCGAUUUCCAGAUAAUGUUCAAUGCUUAAAGCUGAUAGUAAAACUAUGUGGGGACCAAGGCUUGGCCGAGACAAACGCAUGGAGCCGGGAAUUGCAACGAGCGCAGGCGCGAGCCAAACAGCAGGAAAGAGCGUCGAUUACCUCGGCAAGCAGUAUAUCAUCUGGACUGAGCCAGUCUCCAAUAGAAAUACGUGCGACAUCACGAACAGAUAGCGCCGCCACAGUGACCCGUCGAUCUAGUGAGACUCGCCUCAAUACGGCAGCUGGUAACACCAGUGAUGCAAAUGAUUUCGCUGUACCACGCUCUGUUAUUCAGCAGAAGAAGAGAGACAUGUUUGAUGACGACCUUCCUCUGCCCCCGGAAUAACUAUGUUCACAAUUUGAUUUUGUAAUUUUUCACACGAAUAAAUGCUAAUAUAUGUUAAUUAAAAAGUCCUAUCGGUCAGUAAAAAUUGUUUUCAUUUGAAUUAAUAUUAGUUUCGAUUUGGGUUACGUCAGUUGUGAUUUGCAAAAAAUGCCUAAAAUCACAAGGUUAAGUGACCGUGACUUAUUUAAAAGUUUCCAAAGAAAAAAAUAUAGCGUUUGAAAUACUUAUUUAAUAAAUAAUUUAAUCGCAUUAACAUAGAUUCUUAGACUAGAAAAAGUACACAAGUAUUGCAAUAUACAUAACAAUUUUUUCUGUACAAAUUUUGAUCACUAUACAACAAAUGGGCAUUUAAAUACUUUAAAAACUAUUUACUUAUAUUAUAAAUCGUGUUUAACAUUUGCAUUCAGAUAAAUUGGUGUUAAUGAAAUGCCACUGAAUAGCUUUAUAUAGAAUCUUUGUUAUUUGAGACGGAGAGAUAAGUUUUCCAUUCAAUACAGGAAAUCAUAAAGCGUAAUCAUAAAUCAAUGCAUUUUCAUAAUCAUUAAAAACAAGUCCGGACAUUGACUGUUUACUGAUAAUUAAUGUGUUUUCAUAAGAUUCUGUAAACACCUUAUGUACUUAUAAUAUGAUAUAAUAAAAUACAUAAUAUAUUGGUUCUCAUUGCGAGCGAACUAGACUCUUGACUCUAACAGGUUUCAUAACCGCAUAAGAUCCAUUCUCCAAUACAGUUCGUUACAUAUAAGUUUUAAGGUACAAACCCAAAAUAUUUUUAAUAUAAUAAAUAAAUUUAACUUAGUUACUGGCCGGUAAAACGUAUAAUAACUUAUUAUUGUAACUUAAACCUGUAUCCUAACGUAAAUACAAUUUACAACAGAAAUAUUUACUUAAGUCAGUGUAAUAAAACUAAUUUCGUCAUUAGUUUCCUCCGCGAAAAAACAUUGCGCAAUUAACUAAAAUCUAACACGUACUUUCCACACA